UUCAGUCUUCUUCGCAUUAGGAACUGGUUUACAUACAUAUAGACAGCACCUUGUUAGCUGGUAAAUCACCAGGCAUUCCGGGGAAUGACAAAGUGUUCUGCCGGUCGAUUUUGCAUGGAAUAGUUGAUAUAUAUAAUUUACGAGCCCUGGUCUCUUGCAGAUGAUGCAUGACAAACGGGCAAACCCCCUGAAGGGAUGCAAGUGUCGAAAUACAUGCAAUGUCACCAUUUGGUAAAAUUUUAUAUAGAACAUAUCUAUUGGACGAAAUCCUAACCAACGUCAUUGACUUGAGGUCUUGGGUUCCGCAAGUUCGUUGCACCCAAAAUAUAGGUUUUCCUGACCAUAAACUCGGAAGUGAGAACCUUCGGUGUCACCUGGUCACCUAGUGAUACGCAUCUUAAAGAUACAAAUCGCAUAGUACUAGCCACUAGAUAUGAAGAUUUAACCGCAGAUUGAGCCGCGAAGAACAGUGGUGCUCGAUUGUUAAACCCGCUACUGUAGCGUUCCGAUCGAGAACCGAUCGGAGAUCGCGGUCCACGAAGCUGAAGCUGCGGCUAUAAAAAGCUCUGACCAACUCCAGCCAUUUCACAGUAUGUUUUAUCGGGUCAGCUGGAAACGAUCGCACUCGCAAGUUUAUUAAAUAAAUUCAGUUUUUAAAAUAGCAACAAAAUGAAAGUGUUCGCGGCGGUUAUUCUUUGCAUUCUGAUUGCCCACGAGGCCAAAGCCCAGUCAGAUUCGAGGUGCAUGAAUCCCAACCAAACCCCUGGACUUUGUGUGCUCAUUAAUGAAUGUCAGACACUCUACUCCGUGCUGAAGCGGGCCACUUUGACUGAUCAGGAAAAGAGCUUCAUCAAGUCCUCGGCCUGUGGAAGAGGCAGGAAUAAUCAGCCCUAUGUUUGCUGCACCCAGGAUACGGGCUAUGUGAGGACCCAACGCCAGGAUCCUACCUUUCCGGACUACGGUGGAUUUGGCGGAGACUGGGAGGAGGAGCGGCCCCAGAGUUUCGUUUUUCCCAGACAAGAAAGACGUCCCUGGAGCUUUGGCAACCAGCCAGAAACCAGCAGAACACCGUUUCGAAAAUCAUCGACUGGCGACGGUUCCAGUUUACUACCUCAGCCUCCAUCCUGCGGGGGCGUGGCUAUCAGGAACAGGAUUUACGAUGGCCAGGACACCGAUGUGAACGAGUUUCCCUGGAUGGUGCUGCUGGAGUACCGCAGACGAAAUGGAAAUGGUGUGUCCACUGCCUGUGCAGGAUCCCUCAUCAACCAGCGAUAUGUCCUUACAGCGGCCCAUUGUUUGACUGGCAGGAUCGAACGGGAAAUCGGAGCACUUGUGUCGGUGAGACUGGGCGAGCAUGACACUCGCACCGCGGUGGACUGCCCCCCAGGUGGAGGAAGUUGCUCGCCGGAGGUCCAGCGUUUGGGCUUCGAGGAGAUCCGGGUUCACGAAAGAUACAGCGAAAAGGCCUCCAAUCAGGUGCACGACAUUGGUCUCAUUCGCCUGGAGCGCAACGUCCGCUACUCGGACAACAUCCAGCCCAUUUGCCUGCCCUCGUCUGUGGGCGCGGAGUCGAGGCAGUCCGGCCAGCAGUUCACCGUGGCCGGCUGGGGCCGUACUCUGAAGAUGGCCCGCAGUGCCGUGAAGCAAAAGGUGACGGUCAACUACGUGGAGCCCGCCAAGUGCCGCCAGAGAUUCUCGCAGAUCAAGGUGAACGUGGAGCCCACCCAACUCUGUGCCGGCGGACAGUUCCGGCAGGACAGCUGCGACGGAGACUCCGGCGGACCGCUGAUGCGAUUCCGUGGCGAGACCUGGGUGCUCGAGGGCAUCGUGUCCUUCGGCUAUAAGUGCGGACUGAAGGAUUGGCCCGGAGUCUACACGAAUGUGGCUGCCUACGACAUCUGGAUCAGGCAGAAUGUGAGGGCUUAACUCCCAAACUCACACUGAAUGUUCAAAACAAAAAUUGUGAUCUUUAGCACUCUUAGAUUAGCAAAGUAACUAACUUAGAUUUUAGUAGACAUAAAUAUUUAUUAAUGCAAAUAGAAGUUUUAUAUAUGA